CGCUAACAAGUCAAAAUAAUCCAUAUUAGCUGAAGCAGGUUUCAUUUUCCGUAUUAUCUCAUGAGGAGCGCUAAGUCGUGGUUGAUAAUCAAACCCCGUCAUCAUUGAUGAAGUGUGUCUAGCAUGCCUGCGUCUCUGUCAUGUUUCGUUAUUUUAGUGACAGCCCAAAUGCUGCAAGUGUUCAACGCAGUGGUGAACGCCAAUCUCUUACUGGAAAGAAAUGACGUCAUGGAUAAUUGGUUUCCUCAGACGUCAGUGACGACUGUGGGCGUGGUGAGGACAGUUUCCGAGUGUGGGCUGCACUGUGCUGAAGCUGGUUGGUGUAUGGCCAUGAUAUAUGACGUCACCAAUAAAAUCUGUUAUCUCAACGACCAAUUCUCUACAAACAUCUCAGAAUCUUACUGGAGACCAAAUACAACUAACUACAAAGUAACAAACGCUGUGCCUAGUGGUUUUAACUGUGGCGCGUUCACCGGAAGCUGCGCAACAGUUUUGUCCGUAACUUCCACUUGGAGUGAUGCCGUUGACGCAUGCGCUGAAAAAAGUUCAAGACUACUGCUGAUUGAAAGUGCUACAAAGCAGUUGGAGAUAGAGCAAUAUAUGGAUGAUGAAGGUCUGAGUUAUGCCUGGAUUGGAUUGAGUGACGUAACAACGGAAGGACAAUGGUUGGAUUCGGACGGGGGAGUGGCGGUAUACACUAACUUUAAACCCAGUCAACCGGACAAUGCUGGAUCCGGACAACACUGCGCAUUGUUAAGGAAGGACUUCGGAUUUAAGUGGGAUGAUGUACAUUGCAACAAUAACCAUUACGUCAUAUGUGAGAUGAUCAUGGCUGUGUAGAUUCGUGUCAUUGUAAAUUACUUUUUUAAUGGUAAAUAAUUUUGUGGCUUUCUAAAAUAUUUGACCAAAAACUAACUUUUCGUGACAGUGUUUCUGAUAAUGUGUCUUAAUACUUUCAUAUAAAGACGUGGGAAAGGUACCACUAGGAAAUAAGAAUUGCAUCACCCUGGAUACAAAGUGAAACUGUAAGUCUUGGUGUAUGUAGAAUGAUGCUAUAGAACGGAUCAGUUGAGAUUGACCCGUUUACAUGUGGUGAAGAUUUAUAAUAUCAUUAAUGUUUCCCCCGAUCCAGACAAUACAUUGAUUAA